GUUGUUGAUGGGUCCUUUCCUUUGUUGUUGUUUUUAGUUUACCAUGCCGGUAAAUGAAUACCCAUUUCUUUGGUUUGUGCUUCCCCCUAGAGCUGUAUUGCACCUGAUACUCUUCCCCCGCCCUUGACACAACCCGGACGAAGGAAGGGAUGCAGUUAAUGGAAGGGAAAGGUAGAAAACAACGGGCACUGCAGUACUGCGGUGGCAGUGACAGUGACAGUGACAGUGGCAGUGGUAGCGCAAACUAAGGACUAUUGGAUGGAGGUGGUAGGCGGUCUUUUGUUGGUUGGUCACCAGUUCCUUCCUUCCUUGUGUCCUACUCGUCUUCCAUCUCAUCCUCUGUUUUUUCUUUUAUUUUUAUCGUCAUUCUUAUUGUUAUUAUUGCUUCUCUCUAUCUUAUCAUCCGUCGUUCGUCAGCAAUCAUUGUUACAUGUCUGUCUAUGCGAUUUGCCUAUAUGUGUGUACUUGUAUGUGUGUAUGUGUGUAUGCAUGUGUGCGUGUGCGUGCGUGUGUGUGUGUGUGUUUUGAGCGUAUGAGUGUACGUUUGUUCUGCUCUUUCCCGCCCUUUGCUCCUUCGUGCCAAGACCCCUGCACCUUCCCCCCCCUCUCUCCAUCUCUCUUUCUUUCUUUCUUCUCUUUCUUUCUUUCUCUUCGUGUGUGUAUGUGUGUCCGCCCGAUUCCCCUGUCGAAAAAAAAGAAGAAAAACGCGGGUCUUGAGUUGAAUGUGAUCGGCCAUCUCUCUCUCUUGCCUUCUUGCCCUCUUGCCUUCCUCGCUUUCUUUUCCUUCUUUUCCCUCUUUCUCUCCUCUCCCUUUUACUUCUUCCUGCUUUCCUUUUUCUUCUUCUUUCUUCUCUCUCCUCCCCCUCUCUCCUUCUCCUCUUUGUUCUUUUUCGCGCCCUUUUUUUGGAUUUCUCAAUUGGGUUUCUGCUCUCCUUUACUGCUCAACUGUACCUCAUACCUUAAUACCUCCCGCCAGUGCUUAGUCUCGUCCUCACUCUCCGUCUCCGUGCCCUGUGUUCUGUUGACUGCACUCAUUCAUCUCUGCAUCCGCAUUCACCUCCACUCAUUCCCCUCGGGUGGUGAUCCCGCAUUCCCACCUGAUCCCCUUCUUCCUUCCGCCUUCUUCUCCUCCUCUGUGGUUAGACCUGGCCUAUUGUAUUUCUUUAUAUGUUUAGAAUUGCCAGGGACCCUUUUAAUCUUUUCCUCUGGUCACACACACAUACGCACAAACACACACAACCACAACAACUUGCGCGCGCUUUUCCUUUCUCUCUUUUUUCUUUCUCUCUUUACGUCUUUGCAUAAUCUACAAAUACCAUCCGCUGUCUGUUCCUGUUCCUUAUCCUUCAACCUUAUUACCCCUUGGAUCUGAUCCUAGAUGGACGACUUCUAUGACCGACUCCUGAGCUUGUCCUUCGAGCAAUCCAGUGAUGCUAUCACAAAGUGUCGCGACUUGGCUCGAGAGCAUGGUUUUACAGUCAAGCAGGAGACUAGCUCCAACAAGGUACGCAAACAAUCGCAUGCUCUUCCACAUAUUUAGUAACUGGGGUUGUUGUGCAAAAAGAGAGCACUGGAUUC